ACCUUUACACAUAGAAUGUGGUAGCACCUUUUCUUACCUUACCUCCUAGUUCUUCUUCUACUUCAUUUUCCCUGCAUCACUAAUACAUUUUCUCUUCCUUUAGUCUUCAUUUCUUCUUAGUUCAAACUUGAUCAUUUGCCUCCCUAAGAAGGGCUAACAUCAUUUCAUCUUCUAGUUAGACUCUCAUAGAAUUCUAUAAUUAGAUGCUUUUCAAUUUUCAUGUCACAUCCACAAAUGCCCUCCCCUCAUCAUCUUUUGCCUUUUUCCUUCAUCAUCAACAUCUGUCUCUUACUCUCACUCUUCUUAAUUCCAAUACAUGUCACUAGUGAUGUUGAAAGCUUCAAAUCUUGUGCACCUUUUAGUUGUGGAAAUUUCACCAAUAUUAGUUACCCAUUUUGGAGUAUUAACAACCAACAAAAUUAUUGUGGUCAUCCAAACUUCAAACUUGAUUGUGAACAUGGCAACUUGACUAUUGAAAUUAAGUCACAAAAGUUUCACAUCAUUGAUAUAAAUCAAACUUCACAAGUUUUGAGGAUUGCAAGGUUGGAUUUAUGGAGUUAUGAUUCUGCUACUAUUGCUUCUUGUCCCAAGAAAUAUAUCAAUGUAACCCUAGAUUCGGAAUUCUUCAAUUACACUUCCAAUUAUGAGAAGUAUACGCUAUUAUAUGAGUGUGGUUCUCUUCCCGAUCCAUACUCGUCUUCUUUGGGUUCAGAAGUUUCUCAAUUUAUUUCUUGCCUCAUAGAGGAUAAACCUCGUGAUGCAUACUUAAUGUCGAGUGCGAAAGUGGCUGAUUUCAUUGAUUUGGGGUGUAAGAAUAAUAUUACAAUUCCUGGCCUAAACAGUUCCUUCCUAGAAGACUCGGAUUCUGUGGCAAAUGUUUUAGACGAAGGAUUUGAGGUUAAGUGGAGUGGCGUGGAAGAAGACAUAUGUGAUGGUUGCAUGAAAUCUGGAGGGAGAUGUGGAUAUAAUACAACUGAGAAUGUGGUUUUGUGUCUAUGUCCUAAUCAACAAUCAUACGGUGAUUGCGGAUUUUGCCGCCCAAAUUUAACAACUAUAGUUUUGCCGGAUGAUCCCGGUUGCAAAAGAACCCGAUCAUUUAAAUCCGUGAUACCACCACCUCUAGCAGCACCAUCAAAUGGACAAAUACCAUAUGAUGGACAAAUACCAUUAAAUGGACUAACACCGGCAGGGGGUCCAAAUUCAAAAGAGUCUAGUAAUGAUUCGGGACAAUGGAAUUGGAAGAGGAAAUUCGUCAUUGCAGGUGUUGGAAGUGCAGCAAUGGUAGCAUUGCUGAUGUGCAUCAUAAUCUGUUGUUAUAGAGGCAAGUCAUCGAUACUAGUAAAAUUUUGGUUUAAGACAAAGAAUGAUAUAAACAUUGAAGCAUUUUUAAAAGACCAUGGAGUUCUAUUGCAAAAAAGAUAUAAGUUUUCAGAAAUAAAGAAAAUUACAAACUCAUUCAAAAUUAAAGUUGGUCAAGGGGGUUUUGGUGCGGUGUACAAAGGAAAGUUAUUCAAUGGUUCUCUUGUAGCAGUGAAGAUAUUAAAUGCAUCAAAAGGAAAUGGUGAAGACUUUAUUAAUGAGGUUGCUAGUAUUACUAGAACCUCACAUGUUAAUGUUGUUAACCUUCUUGGAUUUUGUUUUGAAGGUUGUAAUAAAGCUCUCAUAUAUGAAUUUAUGUCUAAUGGUUCCCUUGACAAAUUUAUAUACAAUAAGGAACCUGAAACGAUUGCAUCUUUAAGUUGGGAUAAUAUGCAUCAAAUUGCGAAAGGGAUAGCCCGUGGGCUAGAAUAUUUGCAUAGAGGAUGUGCCACUCGAAUUUUACAUUUUGACAUAAAACCACAUAACAUUCUUUUAGAUGAGAAUUUUUGUCCAAAGAUCUCAGAUUUUGGACUGGCAAAGCUUUGCCUGAAGAAAGACAGCAUUGUUUCGAUGUCGGAUCAAAGAGGGACAAUGGGGUAUGUAGCUCCAGAAGUGUGGAAUAGACAUUUUGGAGGAGUUUCACACAAGUCUGAUGUUUAUAGUUAUGGAAUGAUGUUGUUAGAAAUGGUGGGUGGACGGAAAAAUAUUAAUGCGGAUGCAAGUCACACAAGUGAGAUAUACUUUCCUCAUUGGGUAUACAAUAGGCUUGAACUUGGUAGUUAUUUGAGACCUGAUGGGGUAAUGGAUACGGAAGAAGAUGAGAUUGCAAAGAGGAUGACCAUUGUGAGUUUGUGGUGUAUUCAAACAUUUCCUAAUGGCAGACCUACAAUGAGUAAAGUAGUUGAAAUGUUAGAAGUUGACAUUAAUUCGUUGGAAAUACCACCAAAACCAUUGCUUUCGUCUCCUACUAGAUCAGUAUCAGAGUCUUGCACUUCUUAAAUUUGAGAAUAUGUAUAAUUGUUGUAUACUUUUUUAUCAGAGUAGAGAGAUCAUCUCAGCCCUUUUAAUCAUCUUGAGAAGUAUGUCGCUUUCAGUGUCUCAAAUUGUUUUAUAUUGGAUGUAAACUCUAUAUGAUCAUGAGUAAUUGGUUGUGUAAAUUCUAUGUUAUAAAGUCAUGUAAACUCUAUGUUAGAAAUUAUGUGGAAGCAACUAGCUAGUUAAUAAUGCUCAAGGCAUAUCAUUAACUCUAGUUUUGAAAAAUGAAAGUUUACAUUGGUUCCUCCAA